CAAAAGUCCUGCAACUCUCGCCAUACAAAACACAACAACGCCCCGUUCCGUCUGUCUUGUAGCCAUUCCAAUUCGAUACAGCCAUGACUUGCACUUCUUGUUCACGGAAUGUUCUGAAUUCAUUUAUCUCUGCUUUCGUACCUAUCAAAUCUACUCUACACACGCCUCCGAAUGCAUUCCGAACGGCACAAUUCGCACGAUUCCACUCCGCAGCUGUGCGGCUAGAAGAUGCAAACCCGUCCGAGCAGACCCCUCGAAGACACCGCAAGAAAUCCUCCACUACGCCCUCUCCUCCAGAGACCUCGCAGCGCGUAGCCAAGCAAUCCACGACCACAAAAACCCCUUCAACUCAAGAACCACCGCAACCCACACCGCCCAAGAAAAAGAUGGAAAGAUGGCAAAUACAAAAGGCAGCUCUGAAGGAGAAACUCGGCGGCGAAGCCUGGAAUCCGCGCAAGAAGCUCUCCCCGGACACUAUGGAAGGGAUUCGACACCUACACUUCUCGCAGCCUGAGCGCUUCACGCUGGGCCUGCUCGCGGACCACUUCAAAGUCUCUCCGGAGGCCGUGCGGCGGAUUCUGAAGAGCAAGUGGAGGCCGUCAGAAGAGGAGCAGGAGGAGAGGCUGGCAAGGUGGGAUAAGCGCGGGGAGAGGAUCUGGUCGAAUCUCGUGGAGCUUGGGGUCAAGCCGCCGAAGAGGUGGAGGGAGAUGGGGGUGGGGAGAGCAGCGAGGGGACAGGUGCCGAAGUGGAAAUCUAGGGGCAGGAACUCGGUUGCUGUUAACGACAGUAUGGUGGAGGAUCGGGAGAGCAUUAUACCCUUUGUGGAUGGAAGUACUGGAGAGCGACUUGAGACACCUAGAGUACUGGACAGACCGCUCAGAGAGCGGUUGUGAUCAGUUGGAUCAGGAUACCAAUCCAAUUGGUGUUGGGUCUCAGUCACGCGAGCGACAUGUGUAUGAACAUGGGUUC